AUACAAAUUUCUCGUGGUCGUUGAAGGUUGUUGCUAGUGCGCGCUAAAGAAAAGCAAAAGAAAGAAAAUAAAAGCAAAAGGCAAAAAAUUGAGAAACAAAAAUUCAAAUUGAUUUUGAGCAACACUCAACAAUAAACACGCUGGAUUAAAGUGUUUUUUGUUGAUCAAAGUUAAACAAAUACAAGUUCCCAAAAAAACGCAACGACAACUCAAGCAAAAACAAAAAAAAAGUGCGUGUCAAGUGAAAGAAAAGUUCAACAACAACCAAAUAAAAAAAAAACAACACUUUUUUGUGUUGAACAACAAAAUCAAAUAGAACAUUCCUCGCAAAAGUUAAACGGCAACGACCGUGUAAAAAGCCGCCAAAAUUCUACUCAAGGAGCGUAAAGCGAUCAUUUCGAAAAUGAAAUCAUUGACGGCCGUUUGUCAAACAGCAGGUGGCGCUACCUCCAUGCCGGCCAUGAAUCCAAAUGGACGCAUUGCGCGUCAUCCGCCGCAUCGCGGCGACGGCGAAAAUGCCGAAAUGAAAAUGUAUCUCUCCAAACUGAAAGAUCUGGUGCCGUUUAUGCCCAAAAAUCGCAAGCUCUCCAAACUCGAGAUCAUCCAACAUGUGAUCGAUUACAUCUGCGAUCUGCAAACCGAGCUCGAAACACAUCCCGAAAUAAAUAAUUUCGAUGCGGCCGCUGCCCUCAGUGGCGUCGCAGCCGCUGCAGCCGCCGGCAGCGUUGAUGAUGAGGACAGCGAAAUGGAUGAAUUGGAUGAGAUGGAAAUGAAUAUGGAUGGCGAUGUGCUCGCCAUGCGUUUGGCUGCCGAACAACAGCAACAGGAGCAGCUGGCGAAAAUCUCUAGUCCCGCUGCAGCAGCGACGCGUCUGCCGCUGAUCGAUCGUCAGAGCCCCAACACAAUUCUGCCCGCCGUAGCAGCAGCAGCAUCGGCAGCAGCCACCAGCGCAGCACAAACAACAACAACAGCAGCAGCAGCAACAGCGGCGCCAGUUCAACAAUCGUCCGAAAGCUUAACGACGCAAAACAGCGGCGAAAAGGACAGCAGGCAAUCGUAAAGCAGCUGAAUGAAUAUAAGAAGAAACAGAAUUAGGAGGGGCAAGAACUACAACUAAAACUAAAUACACACACAUUUAAAAGAUACACACACACACAUAUGAAUAGUGUAGUACAGUCAACUCUCCACUCAAAUAACUCAAACUCGUGUGAAGAUCUCCGCAAUAAGAAAGCAAAAAUCAAUUAAAAUACUUACAACUUACAUGCAUACAUACAAUACAUAGGCAAGGUAGCCACGCCCCCACAGUGGGGCACAGUGGGUGCCAAAGCAUUUCACACCAAUACAUUGAAAGAGUUUAGUUCUAAAUAAAUAACAAGCAAACCUAACUAAGUAGAUAUAAAAAAAAGAAAAACAUUGUAAGCACUUAACAUUAUUAUUAUUAACUUGUAACUUUAAACGUUUAACAAUUAACUAAUAGCAGCAGAUAACUACGAAGUUAAUGAAGAUGAAGAUGAAAAAC